AUUGCAACUCCAAAGACUUUUAAUCUCCACCAAGAUUAUGGUGUUGCUAAUUUUAAUGAUCCGCUAUCUAAAGUUUCACAAUUUGAAGUUUUGAAAAUUGAAACAUAUAGAAACUUCAAAGCUAGACAUGCUGCCAAACUUGAAAUUCCAACUGAACAAAUAAGAUUUUGGGUAUUUACGCAAAUUUAUAUUACGCCAAUUACAGACUAUUAUGCUAAUUUUUCAAUGGGUAGAGUUUACCAGAGAAUGGGUCUGAGACAAAAUGAAAUGAAUUUGUAUUUGGAAAUUGCACACAAACCAAUUAAUGGCCAGACAUGGUUCCCGCCAACAGUGAGAAAUCCUUACGUAAUGAUUUUUGUCAAGUAUUUUGACCCUAAUACAAAAUAUUUAGAAGGACUUGGUCAUAUAUAUAUACAAAAGCCAUAUGAAGUUGAUGACAUUAUUCCAAUUCUAUGCGAGAAAAAAGAAUUUCCACCACAUACACCAUUACGAGUAUACAAAGAAAAAAACAGAACAAGCAUGAUUGAAGUAACAAAUGAUCUAAAAGAUGGUGAUAUAAUUUGUUUUCAAAAGGAAUUCGUAGAAAUAAAUCAGACAGGUGAUAUUCCUACAUUCUAUAAGUCAUUAUCCACACGGAUCAUCGUUCAAUUCUGGCCAAAAUUUAAAGAUGAAAAACAAAAACCUAAAUUUAAGUUAGCCCUAGACAAGGAUUAUGCAUACGAUGUUGUUGCUAGCCACGUUGCUGCAUAUCUAAAUAUAGAUCCUUUGAAAUUACGUUUUACGUCAGCUGAUGUAACAUUCGGCACACCUAGAACUAUCAUCAAAAGAAGAAAUUAUCUAAAAUUAAGGUCGAUGCUUCCGGUACGCUAUCGAUCUCUACCCACGGCAAAUCUUAUAUAUUAUGAGAUAUUAGAUUUUAGCAUUGUCGAAUUAGAAAAUAUGAUGCACUUUAAAGUGUACUGGCUAGGAACGACUUUAAAGGAAAUUGAAGCGAUUAAUGUCCUUCUUCCAAAGAAAGCUAUAAUCGAUGAUUUUUUAGAAGACAUUUUACGAAAACUUUCAUUGCCAGGACCCACCAAUAAAAUUAGGUUAUUUGAAAUUACGAAUUGCAAGAUUUUAAAAGAAUAUAAUAAACUUAACAGUCCAAUAGAUAAAAUACCGGAAAAUGCGACAUUAUAUGCAGAGGAAAUACCUCAAGGGGAAAUUGGGAAAAAGCGCAAUGAUAAAGUUGUCCAAGUAUAUCAUUUUACCAAGAAUCCUUCAUACACACACGGAAUCCCAUUCAAAUUUGUUGUUAAAGCUGGCGAGCUUUUUUCAGCGACCAAGUUGCGCCUUCAAGCACGUUUAGGAAUGGAUGAAAAUGAUUUUGCUGAAGUAAAAUUUGCGAUUGUACAAGAAGUGCCACAUACAAAACCUAAAUACAUAGUUCAUAAUC